AAAAAGUAGUGUUUGUUAUGGUCAAAAAGAAGAUCAAAAUAGAGCUUUACCAGAACCAGGAGAGUCUCUCAAAGCCUAUACUCUGCAGCUUCCCUCAGAAUGUUCCUCCACAAGAGUUCUUCACUGCAGAAAAGACAGAAGGAGCGGAAGAAAAGCACAAGAAUAAAAAGUCGAAGAAGAUGGUGAUAGAGGCUGAAAAUAAAUUAAUGAAGUACAGGGCAACAAGUUUCUCUUCUCAGAACAUUUCUAAAAAUCAGACCUCGGACUACAUGAUUGGAGUUUGGGAUAAGGAAAAACAUAAAAUUAGACUAAUUGAUGUUGGCAGUAUUUUUACAAUGACUCAGCAGUGCAAGAAUGUCAAGGCAUUCAAACCCCUUAAGGAUAACCUUUAUGAAGGAGUUGACUAUUAUGAGAAGAAGAACCAACUUGUUAAUGAAUUUGGAACUAAGAAAGCCCAGUCAAAGAUGCAACAACUUAAGAAUAAUAUUGUAGAAGAGAAGAAUAUCAAUACAGAGAAGCAGAUGACAAAAAUAUUAAAGCAUGAUGUUCAGAAGGCUAUUGACGAGGAUCUGAAGAAACAGGAUCAGCAGGAGGAUAAUAGCUAUCUCAGAGAAAUUCUGCCUGCUUUUGAUGCGACUGCUAAAAAGCCUGAGUUUGUUUAUUUUAGAGGUGGCUUCUGGCCAAAGGAACUUAAUGAAUUUAUCCAUUUUAAAGAGCUUUAUAAAGCUUGCAAGCAAGGAAAAGAAGAUGAAGAAGCCAUCAAAUCCAAAUAUGAAGGAGCUUCUAUUGCAAAUAUGAGAAUCCUUGUUGAGGAAGAAAAGAAGGACCCAAAUACCAAGCACUUAAAGUUUAGAGUCAGAGGUGCUGUUUUUCUUACUUAUCUCCUUCGUUUCUACAGAUGUAGGGAGACUAUUACCAUGAGUGCUAAAGAGCUGGAAGAGUACUUAGGAAUUCCAAAGGACAUUGCUGAUCACUUACUGAAUGUAUACUCAACCUUGUCUUUAGCAAAGGGAGCUUCAGAGAAGAAGUUCCAUUAUGUGCGUAAUAAAAAGAUGAAGGAUAAGUUGAUAAGCCACAUAAUUGUGCUAAUGAUGGUGAUCAAUAACUACAAGAUCAACGUUAAGUAUAUUAUUAAUGCAUUAAAGCUGGAUCUCAUUGAAAUUGUCGCUUAUCUAAGACAAAUUUCUGCUUUCCCGAAGAAGCAAAGGAAGAAGCUAGAGGAAGAUGGUCAAGAGGAAACUAAGAAGAUUGGAGAGAAAAAGAGAAAGAAUGAAUGGGCCCUUGAUAGCAAUGGAGAUUUGAUGGUCUACUUAAAAGCCCCGAUGAGAUCAAUCAGGAAGAAAUAA